AUGAGCUCGCCGAAGAAGACCGCCGCUGAAGCAGAGGGGAAUACCUCCGCCGGGAUAGAGACUCUCUCUAUCCCCGAGUACCGCGAGCGUCACAAAGCAAAGCGUGACGCUCUUGCUGCCAAGGCUGCAGCGGGGAUAUCCCAGCUGGAGAUUGUCCUCGAAGGCUCAUCUGUAGUCAACGACGCCGUUGACUACGGGGACGGCGACGUCGAGAUGGAAGAGGGCGAGGCCUCUUCAAGCAAGCGCAAGGAGUCUAUCGACAGCGAUAGUCUCGACCCGCAUGCCGGGUCGAGACGCCCUCGUGAAGGAGACGACUCGGACGCUUCGAGUUCGAAGCGUUCGCGCGGCGAGAGCGACACUCCGCUCUCUGCUGCUGGGGCUUUAGGCUCCCCGCAGAUCGCAGAUCGUGUGGGCAACACCGUGCCUCCAAAUGAAAUCCCGCUGUACGUAUGCAGCGGCAUCCACGACGAUGCUGUGGCGGAGGAGCAGCACUUUGAUUCGUCAACGAAUCAAAGGCGCGAUUAUUACAUCGGGUUCUUCCACGAGCUCCUGUACUUCUCCAGCAAGAAGACCUCUUCUCGCAGCAAAGUGCCUGAGUGGCAGGCACUUUGUCAAAGUUGGAAUGCUUUUGUUGAGAACUUCAACAAGAAACCGGCUGCUUACCGCGAGCGGCUUAAGCAUGCCCGUGAACGCUUCGAGACAUUCUCGACGCGCGGGCGGCUGGAGCAGCUCCACAGAUCCUCUGUGGACGCUAGUAUUCCAUGCGCUGUGCCCGAAGGCCAACAGUGCACGUUGUGUCUUCCGGGUGCGGCGCGCUUGAGCGACCGCGACCUAAACGGGUACACGACGAUUCGUGUACCUGCGAGUCUCAAAGAUCUCCGUGCCGAUGCGUGGUGA